AUGAUGUUCGGGAAAAUAUUAAUCGCAGUGUGUCUAAUUUUAUGGAUUCGUUUUCUGUGGAAUCGGCGAAAGUUAUAUACGAUGUUACUAAAGCCUUCAGGAACCAUGGGACUCCCAAUUAUCGGGGUUGUUAUACAAAAUAUAUUGUUUCUUAGAGGUAAAAUGAAAAAACGAACCCCGUUCAUGAACAAGUAUGGCUCAACCUUUUUGACCUGGAUGGGCUUCACACCGGUUGUUAUGACACGGGAUCCAAAUGUCGCCAGGGAAGUCCUCCUGUCAUCAGUAUGCUUAAAUAGGAAUGAGCAUUCAGCCAAUGCCAUGGCUCUAAGUAUGGGACUCGGAUUGUUGACUUUACAAGGAGCACCGUGGAUGGAGCGUCGCAAGCAGAUGAAUCCGGCAUUUAAGCAAAAUGUUCUGCUCAGCUUCUUUCCUAUUUUUAAUGAUGAAAGCAGAGCUCUGGUGAACUUAUUGAACUCCUAUGUUGGAAAGGGCGAAAUUGACGUCCUCCCAGAGAUAAUUAAAUGGUCUUUCAGAAUUUCCUUCCAAACCACUGUGGGAACCGAUGUAAAGGAAGAAGAAAAUUUCGAAAACGAUACAAUAUUGAAGAGCUAUCAGUCGUUAGUACAUAUUACCUCACUCUAUAUUUUACUUCCGAUUCUCCGAAAUAAAAUUGUAUCAAAGCUGUUUGGUUUUGAGAAACGUAGAGAGAGGGCUGUUUCUACGAUAUCUAAAACAAUGGACAAUAUCCUUGACAAAAAAAUGAGAUCUCAUCCAGAAAGUAAUCCGGAAUCUGAGAUGAAAAUUAUUAUUGAAAGAGGAAUUGAACUUUUUCGAAUUGGCGAAAUGCCUUUCGAAGAGCUGAAAUCUGAAUGUGGCUCCUUGAUUGUUGCUGCCUUCGAGACUACUGCUCAUACGGUAUACCAUACCCUGGUUCUACUGGCCAUGUUUCCCGAAUGCCAGAAUAUUGUCUUUAAGGAAAUUAAGGAUAUAUUCCCGAUGGUUGGAGACUUUGAAGUAACCUACGAGGAUCUGCAAAAAGUUCCUUACUUAGAUCGCGUUUUGAAUGAAACCUUGCGAUUGAUACCUUCCGUUCCGAUCUCGGUUAGGGAGCCAAGCGAGGAUUUUCGGUUAUCGAAUGGAGUGGUCAUCCCCAAAGGAGUCUUGAUUGUCAUCGACAUAUUCAGCGCCCAUCGCAACCCUGAUCACUGGGGUCCAGAAGCAGAUAACUUUAAUCCUGACAACUUUAUACCGGAAAAUAUUGGCGAAAAACAUCCCUUUGCUUAUAUUCCCUUUUCGAGGGGUAAGCGAAAUUGCAUAGGCUGGCGAUAUGGAACGCUAUCUUCUAAGUUGGCUUUAGUCAAGAUACUUAGAAACUUCGAAGUAAGCACUUCCUUUCGCUAUGAAGACCUGGACUUUGUUGACAACUUGGUCAUGAAGUUGGCUCAGGUACCACGUCUAGUCUUUCAAAGAAGAACUUAG